CCCGAAUGGUAUGAAACGGGUCGGGUCGGAUUACAGUGGUUCUAGGGAAACAAGAAGAAAGUAGGCUCCUUCACUGCGACCAUCGUUCUGAUGUUUUUGGCUUCAGCCCUUCAGCAAACGCUCCUCAUCAGAGUCCUGCUGUCACAGAUCCAUCGCCAACCGAAACCCAAGUUCUGCCUCCUAAAAAGAAGCCCUUGCUUUGAGUUAGGAAAAUGAGUUCUCGGAAGAAAACACCAUUUCAGAAGCAUAGAGAAGAGGAGGAGGCAAAGAAAAAGAGGGCGGAGGAUGAAACUGCAAGAUUAUAUCAAGAAUUUGUAGAGUCAUUUCAAGCAGAUAACACUCCAGGGUCGAAGGCUUUUGUCCGAGGUGGAACCAUCAAUCCAAAUGAGAAGCACAAGAAUGUUUUGGAAGGUGGAAAUUCCAAAGAUGAGGGUUCUGGUUUAAAGAAAGGGAGUAGGUAUGUACCAUCCUUCAUCCCACCUCCUAUGGCCACAAAGGGUAAAGAUCUUGAGAGGAAGAAAGAUGAGAAACCAAAGGAAAAGGAAAAGGGGAAGGCUCGGAAUAUUGAUCAUUUUAUGGAGGAGUUAAAGCAUGAACAAGAGAUGAGAGAGAGGCGGAAUCAAGAUCGUGAAAAUUGGCGCGAUUCACGUUAUGGUGACAGUCAUGUGCCAUCUAGUCGUUUUGAUGAGCUGCCAGAUGAAUUUGAUCCAAUGGGACGACAUGGUUCAUUUGAUGAUGGUGAUCCACAAACGACAAAUCUCUAUGUGGGAAACUUAUCACCUCAGGUUGAUGAAAAUUUUCUUUUACGCACUUUUGGAAGAUUUGGACCUAUUGCUAGUGUAAAAAUUAUGUGGCCAAGAACUGAAGAGGAACGAAGACGACAGAGGAAUUGUGGCUUUGUGGCUUUCAUGAAUAGAGCUGACGCUCAGGCUGCAAAGGAUGAAAUGCAAGGGGUUGUGGUCUAUGAAUAUGAAUUGAAGAUUGGAUGGGGAAAAUCUGUUUCUCUUCCAUCACAAGCACUUCCUGCUCCUCCACCUGGGCACAUGGCCAUCAGGAGCAAGGAGGGUGCCACUGUCAUUCUGUCUGGACCUUCAGGUCCCCCAGUGACCACUGUUCCAAGCCAGAACUCAGAGUUGGUUCUCACUCCAAAUGUACCAGAUAUUAAUGUUGACCCUCCUGAUGACAAACAUCUUCAGCAUGUGAUUGAUACAAUGGCUCUGUAUGUCCUUGAUGGGGGUUGUGCUUUUGAACAAGCAAUAAUGGAGCGAGGACGUGGAAAUCCUCUAUUCAGUUUUUUGUUUGAGCUUGGGUCAAAGGAACAUACUUAUUAUGUAUGGAGGCUCUAUUCAUUUGCUCAGGGUGAUACACUUCAGCGAUGGCGAACAGAACCUUUUAUCAUGAUUACUGGUAGUGGAAGAUGGAUACCACCUCCUCUACCAACAUCAAGAGGCUUGGAGCAUGAAAAAGAAGCUGGGAGCACUUACGCUGCUGGAAAAAGCAAACGUGUGGAGGUGGAAAGGACACUGACAGAUUCUCAAAGAGAUGAAUUUGAGGACAUGCUGCGUGCAUUAACAUUAGAAAGAAGCCAAAUAAAAGAAGCCAUGGGGUUUGCACUGGAUAAUGCUGAUGCUGCAGGAGAGGUGGUUGAAGUUCUGACUGAGUCCUUGACACUCAAAGAAACUCCAAUUCCCACAAAAGUUGCCAGGCUUAUGCUUGUCUCUGACAUUCUACAUAACAGUAGUGCUCCUGUGAAGAAUGCAUCUGCUUACCGUACUAAAUUUGAAGCAACCUUACCAGACAUCAUUGAAAGCUUUAAUGACUUGUAUCGUAGUGUAACUGGACGAAUUACUGCUGAGGCCCUUAAGGAACGAGUUUUAAAAGUUCUUCAAGUGUGGGCUGACUGGUUUCUGUUUUCGGACGCAUAUGUCAAUGGGUUGCGAGCUACUUUUCUUCGAUCUAGCACUUCUGGUGUAGUAUCUUUCCAUUCUAUAUGUGGUGAUGCCCCUGAGCUAGAGAGGAAAUCUGGUUCUGCUGACACCAGUGAUGCCGAAAGGAUUAACCAGGAUGCUGCAUUAGCAAUUGGGAAAGGAGCUGCCAUGAAGGAGCUCUCUAAUCUGCCCCUUAUGGAACUGGAAAGGCGGUGCAGACAUAAUGGGCUAUCUCUGGUUGGUGGAAGAGAAAUGAUGGUAGCACGGCUACUUUAUCUGGAAGAGGCAGAAAAACAAAGGGGUUUUGACCUAGAUGAUGAAUUGAAAUCUGCACACAUCCAAUCUAGCGCAGGAAGAUACACAAGUGGACAGAAGGAACCAAGUUUUGAAACAGAUUCAGGAAGAAUAUCAGGAAGUGGUAGUUACAUGGAGGAGGAUGUACAGACAAAGGGGAGAGGAUCAAUGUUGUCAACCUCAGCAGGUCCUACCUGGCAGCCUGGGCUUGAAAAUAAUGAAGAUCAAAAUGAAUCAAUUCUCCCAUCUUCAAAGUGGGCUAGAGAGGACAAUGAAAGUGAUGAUGAACCUGACAGAAGUGCUAGGGACUUGGGUUUAACUUAUUCUUCAGGUAGUGAGAAUGCAGGCGACAAUCUCCACAGAUCUGAGGAAGUGAAGUUUACUACUGAUGCCAGUAAUUCAACACAUCUUGAUGUCGGAAUGAAUGAAGAACAGAGACAGAAAUUAAGGCGCCUUGAGGUUGCUUUGAUGGAAUACCGUGAGUCCCUUGAAGAGCGAGGAAUUAAAAACUCAGAAGAAAUUGAGAGAAAGGUGGCCAUUCAUAGAUCUCGGCUGCAAACUGAGUAUGGUUUAUUGAAUACAAAUGCAGAUUCUUCUGGCCGAAAGAUGUCAUCUCUAGAGAGGGACAGACGCGAUGAAUUAGUUGAGUCUUUAAAGAAGCGCCGUCGUAGUCGGAGCAGAAGUGAAAGCCCUCAACGAAAAUUACCAGCCCGAGACAGAGACAAGGAAAGUGAUGGAAACAGGGACAGAGAAAGACGCCGUGAAAGAGAAAGAGGUCACUAUUUGGAAAGUGACAGAGGAAGGGAGCGAGACCGAGAGAAGAGUGGUAGCAAGGAGAGGGGUGAUCAUGAAAGAGAAAAGGCACGGGAACGAGACAGAGAUAGAAGGAGGGUCAAAUGAGCUUCACAAGAGGGUCGAAUGAGUUUGUGAUGCGCCUACACAUCCACAACACAGUGUCGUUCUCCGGUGGGAUAUUUUGAUUCAUCCGAUUUUCAGCUUUUGCCAUGGAAAGAGAUGCUAUCCCUGAGUGCCCCUGAUGGAACUACAUCUUUUAGAAUAGGGAACUACCAGUUUUUGCAGUGCACAGUAAAAUGGAAGUUUCAGUUCAGUGUUUACUUAAAUAUCUGUUCAUGUGAGCUUAGGCUUGAAUACUUUCAGCAAAUAUGGUGUUCCUUUAAAAUACAAAUUUCUUGCCCUUCUGA